UCGUGUGCCUGUGGGAUUUGUAGUUUUUAAAGCCAUAUCACUACGUCAGCGGAAGUGUUUUGAGUGUUCGUGAGCUAGGUCACAUUGGUUUAAUUUUGUAAUGUUUUAAGAAGCUACAUCACAAUGGAAGCGACAAACACAGAGGAAAGUUAUCUGAGGCAUGUGGAGAAGGAUGUAUUGAUUCCUAAGAUGAUGAGGGAGAAAGCUAAGGAGCGCUGUGCAGACAAAGUUGAAGCUUUCACCCACUGCUGUAAGGAAUCAGGUUUUUUAAUGCCAUUUAAGUGUCGAGAGGAAAAUUCAGCCCUGAAGGAAUGUCUGACGCAACACUACCAGGAUCCUUUGUUUUUUGAAGAGUGUAAGAAGCAAUACAUUCAAGAGAAACUGGAAUUCGAGAAGACAGGGAUCCCGGCCAAGAACAGGAAACAGAAACUUCCGACCAGCAUGUAAUAAGCAACAUCAUAACCUAGUGUCUUUUAGGGUGUGCAGCUCAUCAAAAUACAUAAUGGCACUUUUGCCACAUUUAUUACUCAUAAAGCAUCAAGUCUGUAUGUUUUAUUUAAAAAUGUGAAAGGCAUGACUGCAUUUUGAUACACAGAAGUGAUCAAUAAUCAAAACAAUGCCCUUUUAAUGUUGAGUCCAUGUGCAAAACAUCAACCUGCCAUAGGUGUUGUAUCAAAAUGAUUUCCCCUUACUUUACUGAAUCAGCAGUGUAGUCAUAGCAGGACUGAUUGCCAUUCCUGAAGCUUCUUCAGAAGAGGUGAGCACCUUGGUUUUGAUGUUGUGCAGAGUUAAAUUGAGGAACAACUUUUUCAUGUGGUUUUUGUGUUUGCAAUGAGAGCACGUGCAGCUGAAAGAAGUCACUAUGAUGUUUUUCCCCAUAGACUUAAUGCAAAUUUGAGAAAGAUUUAGAAAUGAUGCAUCUGAUUUUCUACCCAGGAAACGACUGUGUGACUAGUUUAGUAGCUGUUAAAGAAUAAAAACACAAUAAAGGUUCUAACUGUAUUUUAUUUAAUUAAUUAUAUCAGAACUGCUGCAGAUUAUUUCAGAAAAUAGAUUAAAUUAUUAAGCUUUUUCCA